AUGGCCCUUUUCGCUAACAUCGUCGACCUCUCACACAACUUGGAAAAUAACAUGCAGACUUACCCGGGCGACCCGUUGUUCCAAUCCUACCCGCACGCAUCUAUCAAGCCUGAUGGCUACGCAGUAUCUCGCUUUUCCAUAGACCAAAUCCCCUUGUCUACCUUCAUCGGGCCUGCCGUCGUCGUGGAUAUUACCUCAAAGAAGCCAAGGGCAAAGAUAGACUGGGACUCCGAUCUCGCUAUCUAUGCCGAUCGAAUGUCAUCUGGAGUCAUUCUACUCAUACGUACUGGAUGGUCGCGUUUCUGGGGAUCGCCAGAAUAUUUAGAUCAUCCCUAUCUUACAAAAGAGGCAGCAGAGGGUAUCAUCGCGACCGGCGUGCGAGCUGUAGGCGUCGACUCGCUGAACCCAGAUGAAACGGUGAUAGACGGAGAGGGGGAGGGCGGCUUUGCCGUGCAUGAAAUCAUACUUGGGGCUGACGGUGUCAUCGUUGAGAACUUGACUGGUCUCGAAUUGGUGAAGGAAGGUAUGACGGUCCAGUUUAUCCCUUUGAAACUUGCCGGUAGCGAUGCGUCGCCGGUGCGAGCAUUGGCCUGGUAA